AUGACCAUGAGCUCGUUUUUGAUAAACUCCAACUACAUCGAGCCCAAGUUCCCUCCCUUCGAGGAGUACGCGCAGCACAGCGGCCCGGGCGGCGGGGACGGCGGCCCAGGCGGGGGCCCCGGGUACCAGCACCCGCGCCGCUGCGAGGCGGCCCCAGCCACCCCGGGCGUCCCGGUAGGGGGCAGCGCCCCCGCGUGCCCGCUGCUCUUGGCCGACAAGAGCCCGCCGGGCCUGAAGGGCAAGGAGCCCGUGGUGUACCCCUGGAUGAAGAAGAUCCAUGUCAGCGCCGUCAACCCCAGUUAUAACGGAGGGGAGCCCAAGCGCUCUCGAACCGCCUACACCCGGCAGCAGGUCUUGGAGCUGGAGAAGGAGUUCCAUUUUAACCGCUACCUGACCCGGCGGCGCCGCAUCGAGAUCGCCCACACUCUCUGCUUGUCUGAGCGCCAGGUCAAGAUCUGGUUCCAGAACCGGAGGAUGAAGUGGAAGAAAGAUCACAAACUGCCCAAUACCAAGAUGCGGUCUUCCAACUCGGCCUCGGCCUCGGCCUCUGCUGGCCCGCCAGGGAAAGCACAAACUCAGAGUCCGCACCCCCAUCCCCACCCCCACCCGGGCACUUCCACACCCGUUCCAUCCUCCAUAUAAUCUUCUAGAGACCUAGAGCAAUUCCUAAUCUCUUACCUGUUUUUUUCUUCUUUUCUCCUUCCCCUUUUCCCCCGCCCAUUCAUCCCCGUCUGGACCAUAACAGACACCAAAACAAAACCCAACUUGGUGAAAAGGAUAACCAAAAAGAAGACAUUAUCCCGGUAAGAGUGUGUGCUGGUUGCCACUCAAGAGAGGACAGUUGUCCAGGAUGCUGGCUUGUAGAACAACCUGCUGGCCUGAACAAGGCUGCCAGGUUUAGAUGCCUGAGAAGGACCACUUGGCAUCAAAUGCUUUUGAGAUGGCUACAGUCAGCUGGACAGUCCAUGCUGACUGGGGACAUGUAAUUGUACAUUUGUUGCAAGCAAAAGAAAACAGACCCUUUUCCACAUUCCUUAUCUCCCCCUCCCCCAUUAAGGCAGCUCAUACAAGCUUAUACUGAACUGAAUAAAUGAGUAGACAUUGUGGACCUCACAAGAUUAUUUAAUUCUCAAAAUGUGUAGACCUUUAUGGUAGGUGUGACAUGUUUCCCUUCCUUGCAUUUAUUUAAGGUAUUGUUAUAAUGAUAAUUGUUGUCUUAUUCUGGGGCACGAUCUUGGGGAAAAGGGGAGUACAUUUAGACCUAUGUGCAACUGUACAAAUUGUGAUCUGGCUAUAUAGAAAGCCAUGUGAUAAGAAUAAACUUCAUUUUAAAAAAA